AAGACUGCGCCGCUGGUUUGAGAUUGGUAGUUGAGCGGAGAGCGUCGCUCAUUUCCUGACGCCUCGGGCAGCAUGGCGGCGGAAGGUGGUGGUGAUUUACACCUGAAAAGGAGAAGGCGCCGGGAGCAGGAGGAUCCGGAAAAAACGGAACCCAGCGGACAGGAGUUGGCAGCGUCGGUGGCCCAAGAAAAUGAUGAGGAGAAUGAAGAGCGCUGGGUUGGGCCUUUACCUGUGGAGGCAACUCUGGCCAAGAAAAGGAAAGUUCUAGAGUUUGAAAGAGUCUAUCUUGACAAUCUCCCCAGUGCAUCCAUGUAUGAGCGCAGUUAUAUGCAUAGAGAUGUUAUUACCCACGUAGUGUGCACCAAGACAGAUUUUAUUAUUACUGCCAGUCAUGAUGGACAUGUUAAGUUUUGGAAAAAAAUAGAAGAGGGAAUUGAAUUUGUUAAACAUUUUCGUAGCCAUCUGGGAGUUAUUGAGAGUAUUGCAGUUAGCUCUGAGGGGGCCUUGCUCUGUUCGGUGGGUGAUGAUAAAGCAAUGAAGGUGUUUGACGUAGUGAACUUUGACAUGAUCAAUAUGCUGAAACUUGGCUAUUUUCCUGGACAAUGUGAGUGGAUCUAUUGCCCAGGGGAUGCCAUCUCUUCAGUUGCUGCUUCUGAGAAGAGUACAGGGAAAAUUUUUGUUUAUGAUGGUCGAGGAGAUAAUCAGCCACUUCAUGUUUUUGAUAAACUCCAUACAUCACCUCUUACUCAGAUACGGCUAAACCCAGUUUACAAAGCUAUAGUGUCUUCUGACAAAUCUGGAAUGAUUGAAUACUGGACUGGACCUCCUCAUGAAUAUAAAUUCCCCAAAAAUGUGAACUGGGAAUAUAAAACUGACACAGAUUUAUAUGAAUUUGCAAAGUGUAAAGCUUAUCCAACCAGCAUAUGUUUUUCACCUGAUGGGAAGAAAAUAGCCACUAUUGGUUCUGAUAGAAAAGUUAGAAUUUUCAGAUUUUUAACUGGAAAACUCAUGAGAGUCUUUGAUGAAUCACUAAGUAUGUUUACUGAACUGCAGCAGACAAGGCAGCAGCUACCAGACAUGGAAUUUGGCCGACGAAUGGCUGUAGAACGCGAAUUGGAGAAGUUGGAUGCAGUAAGAUUAAUUAAUAUAGUUUUUGAUGAAACUGGACAUUUUGUGCUGUAUGGAACAAUGCUAGGCAUUAAAGUCAUAAAUGUAGAAACAAACCGGUGUGUGCGGAUCUUAGGCAAGCAAGAAAACAUUAGAGUGAUGCAGUUGGCUCUGUUCCAGGGAAUAGCUAAAAAACAUCGUGCGGCCACUACUAUCGAGAUGAAAGCUUCUGAAAACCCUGUUCUUCAGAAUAUUCAGGCUGACCCAACAAUAGUCUGUACAUCUUUCAAAAAGAAUAGGUUUUAUAUGUUUACCAAACGAGAACCAGAAGAUACAAAAAGUGCAGAUUCUGACCGAGAUGUUUUUAAUGAAAAACCUUCUAAAGAAGAAGUCAUGGCAGCUACUCAAGCUGAAGGACCUAAGCGAGUUUCAGAUAGUGCCAUUAUCCACACAAGCAUGGGAGACAUUCACAUCAAACUCUUCCCAGUUGAGUGCCCCAAGACAGUGGAAAACUUCUGUGUUCAUAGCAGAAAUGGUUAUUAUAAUGGGCAUACAUUUCACCGUAUAAUUAAGGGCUUCAUGAUACAGACUGGAGAUCCAACAGGAACAGGUAUGGGAGGAGAAAGCAUAUGGGGAGGAGAGUUUGAAGAUGAAUUUCAUUCAACAUUACGACAUGACAGACCAUAUACACUAAGCAUGGCCAAUGCUGGAUCAAAUAGUAAUGGAUCCCAGUUUUUCAUAACAGUAGUACCAACACCUUGGCUUGAUAAUAAGCACACAGUAUUUGGACGAGUGAUUAAAGGAAUGGAAGUUGUGCAGAGGAUCUCCAACGUCAAAGUCAAUCCCAAAACAGAUAAACCCUAUGAGGAUGUCAGCAUCAUAAAUAUUACCAUCAAGUAAACCAGGCUUCAUUGUUUUAUAAGUUAAAAUAUAUUAAACAUAAGAUUAUUUUACAUUAAGAAGCUCUGACUUACUAAACAUACAAAUUGUAUUUAAAUAUCUAAUAUUCUAUUUUUAUAUAUUUCAUUAAAGGCCAUUCUUU